AUGGCGGCCGCUGAAAAUGUUUCGGCUCUCCAACAGCGACAAUCCGACUCGUCUAUACCUGCCUCCGAUCUGAUCCUUCGCGAGACGCAAUACCUUUACUCCUUCAUACUUCUCGUCGCGUUUGUAUCGUGUGUUGCAUGGUACAGUGUGUAUAAUGCCAAGAAGCAGGAAAGCAUUGUACAAUCGCAUGUAAAAGGCCCGGGCGGGAAGCCCUUGCCCGUCACGAAGAAGAAGACCAAAGACGAUGGCGAGAGAAAGCUUGGUCCCCAUUUUGGCCCGGCUGCCAAAAAUGUCUUUCGCUAUCUGGCUGCAGUCAUUUUCAUCUCUUAUGUUGCGACCGGCGCCUUCAUGUUCGACCAUGCGUUCUACCAUGACAACCCUUACAAGUGGUCUAAGGACGGUCUCUCCUGGGCUGGUGAGUGGACCAUUGUCCACGUUCUGGGCUCCGUCUUCUUCUACCUUUACAUCCUUUUCUCGCUCUUCGACUGGAAAAAAGGGCCCAAUGUCGUUCACCUCUUGAUCUGGGUCCUAGGCCUAGUAGGCGAGAUCAUUCUUUUCUCAACCACCUUUACGACUGCGGCCGCAUGCCGCUUUACCAACCCAAAAUCGCAAACGGGAGACGAAGACUGCUUUGAUCGCUGGAUCAAACUGGACUUGGUUCUCUACUUUGUCCGUAUCCUCCACCUGAUAGCCCUAAUCGGGGUUUUCAGCGUUGCUUGGAUCGGUAAAGUACGAUCCAAGCGACCUGUGAAGCUUGAAGACGGCUUCGCCCAUGAGCACACCCCGCUUUUGAAUGGCCAUCAGAGGUCAUAUGACUCUCAAAAUGGCGAUGUCAAUACAGCAGGACCGAACGGACGCGACACAUACUCUCGCCGGUCUCGAGGGCGGACCAUGUCCAACGCAGCCAAAUACUCAGCGCCCAGUUCACGCAAAGACGAAAACGCCGCGUUUUAUCGACCACAAAAGCUUCCCCACAAGACUUGGUGGGAAUAUAUCCGCGGAUAUUCCCUCUUUUUCCCCUACUUGUGGCCCAAGGAUUCCGUCAUGCUGCAGCUGCAAGUUCUUGUCUGCUUCGUCCUCGUUAUUAUUCAGCGCAUUGUCAACAUUAUUGUUCCGAACCAGAUCGGUGAAGUCGUCAAGCAGCUCAAUCAUGCUAUCAAGGAAGUGCAAGAUGGACAACCGUUGACUAUGGAUCUCUUCCCUCUUCGCGCCUCCCUGUUUCUUGGGCUUCUCUGGAUUCUCCAGGGCAUGCUCGGGCCACUUCGAUCCUUGCUCUGGAUACCCGUCUCCCAGUACUCUUAUCGUGGCUUAACAACGGCUGCUUUCAACCACGUGCACUCUCUCAGCCUGGACUUCCAUCUCUCUAAGCGCACUGGCGAAGUCCUGUCCGCACUCAACAAGGGGUCUUCUAUCAACUCUUUCCUCGAGCAGGUCACUUUCCAAGUCAUACCUAUGCUCUUUGAUUUGAUUCUGUCUAUUAGUGUCUUCUACUACAAAUUCGGACCGCUCUACGCGCAAAUCAACCUUGUAGAUACCUGCUGGUACCUCUACAUGACAAUCAAGAUGGCAUCGACACGAGCUGACCAGCGACGCGAGAUGACCAAUGCUGACAGAGAAGAAGAGGCCGUCAAAAACGAUUCGAUCUCUAGCUAUGAGACGGUCAAAUACUUCAACGCCGAAGAGUACGAAUCUAGCCGUUAUCGUGACAAGGUCGGAGCCUAUCAGAAGGCCGAAGCCAAUGUGCAGAUGGGCAUGGUCAUGAUGAAUGUGUGUCAAACACUCGUUUUUAAUCUUGGCAGGAUAUUGGCCGCCCUCAUCUGCGGCUGGCAGGUCGCCGUAGGAAUGCGGGAAUCCAGCGAUUGGUUCGUCGUUAUUUCUUACCUGACCCAGCUCCAAGGCCCACUCAACUUCUUUGGCACCUUCUAUCGAACUGUUCAGCAGUCCAUGAUUUCAGGAGAACGGUUGCUUGAGCUCUUCAAAAUUCAGCCUACAGUUGUGGACGCUCCCAACGCGAAGCCCCUCGAAGACUUCUCUGGCCAUAUCCGAUGGAAAAAUGUCAACUUUUCUUACGACCGACGUCGCCCGGCGCUGCGCAACAUCUCGUUUGAGUGUCAACCUGGGUCCACGACGGCAUUCGUUGGCGAGUCUGGUGGCGGUAAAUCUACCUUGUUUCGUCAUAUGUUCCGAUACUACGACUGCGAUGAAGGCAGUAUUGAGUUGGACGGCAAGGAUGUGCGGGACCUGACCAUCUCCUCCGUUCGUCGCCAUAUCGGGGUUGUGCCUCAAGACACAACCUUGUUUAACGAAUCCCUCAUGUACAACCUUAGAUAUGCAAACCCAAACGCCACCGAUGAAGAAGUUUAUGCUGCCUGCAAAGCGGCGAGCAUUCACGACCGAAUUCUGUCUUUCCCGGACCAGUACGAAACACAGGUUGGCGAGCGUGGACUCAGACUCAGCGGAGGCGAGAAGCAGCGUGUUGCUAUCGCUCGUACCAUUCUUAAAGACCCUCGCAUCAUCAUGCUUGACGAGGCCACGUCGGCUCUGGACUCUCACACUGAGCAGGAAAUCCAAGAGAAUGUUUGGAAUAUUGGUCGAGGCCGCACUCUUCUCAUCAUUGCACACCGAUUGUCUACGAUUACCCAUGCCGAUCAGAUCGUUGUGCUGCAUGCUGGUACGAUUGUCGAAAAAGGCACGCACUUGGAGCUUCUGGCCGCUGGUGGCCGGUACGCAUCGAUGUGGGAGAAGCAGAUCCGCGCUGAACGCGCGCUUGACGCUGCCAGGGAAGCCACCCAACGCGCCGCGCGUGCUCUCCGCAGGGCUAACAUGAGCCAUAAGAAGGGAACUGAGACGCCUCUAGACGGCUAUAACAGUCUGGGUUCCUCAGCUUCCCUUUCUGGCAACACGGCUAGCCGCGGAUCCAAGAACGCCAAGAGCGAAGACACUACUGAGGAAGCCACCACCUCUGGCUCGUCAUCGUCAGACGAUGAAUCAGGGCAUACUGAUGAGCACUCGCGAGAGCGCAAAUUGAAUCAGUAA